UGAAGCUCAGAAAUACGACAAACUACUAAUAGUGGUGCAUUUAACGAGAUGCCUUUUAAAGUUUUGAAAUGCGAAAAUAAAUGUUAGACAUAUAUAAGAGAUGGGCGUUGGAACAUUUCUCCAUCUGCUGACGACAGAGGCGUUGGAGAUUUACGAUAGGACGUAAACAGUCAACAGUCAUAGCAGGUUCCGCGGAGGGGGAGAGGAUAUUCAUUUGAGCUUUGUCUCUUAACAACGUCGCUGACUGUAGAGCAGGGUAGAAUUACUUUGUUAUAAUAAAUUAUUACCGAGGUUAUUUAGCUACCGGUUAAAAAUGCUCCAGUCUCUAGCCAGUAAUUCUUGUGUGCGUUUGAUACAGAAUCACAAAUCGACGUGGUAUUUCGUGUCUUUAAUUUUAGGCUAUCUCCUUUAUCUUAUAUUCGGCGCCGUCGUAUUCUCAUCCGUCGAGCUGCCGUACGAGGACCAACUGCGUCAGGAGCUGAGGACCGUGAAAAAGCAGUUUCUCAUAGAAAAUGAGUGUCUGUCCGAGGAGCGACUGGAGCGGUUUUUAAAGAAAGCCCUGGACGCCAGUAAUUAUGGGGUUUCUAUUCUCAAUAAUGCCUCGGCUAACUGGAACUGGGACUUCACCUCUUCGUUGUUUUUCGCCAGCACGGUGCUGUCUACCACAGGAUAUGGUCACACUGCACCUCUGUCAGACGGCGGCAAGGCCUUCUGCAUUAUUUACUCCAUGAUUGGCAUCCCCUUCACCCUCCUCUUCCUCACUGCCGUGGUCCAAAGGAUCAUGGUGUUCAGUACGCGGAGGCCCAUCACUUACAUUCACACACAUUGGGGCCUGUCCAAGCAGCUUGUGGCCAUCGUUCACGCCACCCUCCUGGCCCUGUUGGCCAUCUCGUGCUUCUUCCUCAUCCCCGCCGCCAUCUUCUCCGCGCUGGAGGAGAACUGGAACUUCCUGGAGUCCUUUUAUUUCUGCUUCAUUUCACUCAGCACCAUUGGCCUCGGAGACUACGUACCUGGAGAGGCGGCCAAUCAGAAGUUCAGGGAGCUGUAUAAAGUAGGCAUCACUGUCUACCUCAUUUUCGGUCUCAUAGUCAUGCUGGUGGUACUGGAGACCUUCUGCGAGCUGCAGCAGCUGAAGCAGCUCAGGAAGAUGUUCUACCUGAAGAAGGAGAAGCCACAGGACCGCCUUGCCAUACUGGAGCAUGACCACCUCUCCUUCACCACCGUGUCUGAAAACAAGGGCACCAAGAGCGAGGACAAAACCAAGACGUUUCUCAGCGUCCCAACUCUGGCCUCUCCCAAUGAUGAUCCAAUGAUUCAGUAAAGAUUGCCACAGAGGAUAAAGGAAGGGAAUAAGAAAGAAGGGAAGGGAAGAACUCAUAUUAGAAGACAGGAUGAGUAAAUAGCUAUCACAGCUUUAGGGAACCUUUAGGCAAAGCUAAAAUCAGUUAGGACUACACAGAUUAAGCAAACAAUACCAACUACUUAACCACGAAACUGACAAUAGAGAUAGUGUUAUGCAGCAGACUUUAUCUACAUAAUAAAAGACAAAUUAAUAUUUUAACAGCAGCUAUAAAUACAAAGUCAGUGAUAAAAGUAAAGUGCUCUGCUGUAUUUAUGACUCUCAAAAGCUAAUCGCCUUUAAAAGCUACAUUAUUUAUGGCACACUUAAGAAUAUUUGAUGAAGUAAUUCGUCUCUUAAAACUAGCUGAAAGACAGGAAAACCUCCCGUCACAAAUUAGGACAUAAAUAUGUAUGUAUCUUUUAAAUAGAGUUUUUAGACAGGUCCUUGUACAUAAUUGGGUGAAUGUUUUAAAUGUAGGGUAUGAAGUUGAAACAGAACUUUAUCUGAUAUCUAAAACAAUAGCUGAUGGUGUAUCAUGACCUGUUUUUGUUUUUGUUUUGGGGCAUUGUUUUAAAUUUCUCUGAUUCUGACAGAGCUUUACAGACCCUUUGUUGAUGUCAGUAUUCAUUUAAUUACUGAAUUUUAUCUUUGAAGAUAAAAAAAAUGCGGGUUGCACAAUUGAUGAAAAAAGUUACAUAAGGACUGGUUUAUCAAUUUUAUUUGCAGUAAAUUUGCUAUUGAUCAACAGGUAGCAGAGUAUGUAAUUUAGGUUGCUGCUAUGUAAUAAUAUUGUUUGUACAGUUCAUAUUUUGUGCAUUUCUGGGUCUUCUUUACAGUGGUGUUAACGUUUUUGGUUGCACUACAUGUUGUCAUUGUUAGGGAAGAAAAAACCUGCUUACAUUUGUGUAUCCUCAACUCAUUGCAGCACUGUUCUCAAAGUUGUCCAUGUGCAAAGCAAUACAAGUUAUUGAUCCGUCUGAACGGUUUAAUGCACGCUGGACUGUGUGAGAAAAAAGGGAACCGAGUACCAAUGGUCCAGCUUACAGAGGGAACUGCUUUUUAUUGGAAUGAAGGAAGGUAGGUUUGCACACGAGCUGCAGUGAGACAGAAUUCAGACACAUUAAAAAAUUCUGUUAAAACAAAGGGAUUUAAACCGUAGAUUUUACUGUAUUAGUAAUAUUUGAAUGUAGAAACGCCUGUUUAUUGGUUAUGACUUGAGAAACGUUUACAAAUCGCUUUGAACGAACGAAAUACUGUACCAGAAAAGGCACUUUUAAAAACUUGAAAACCCGUCUCGAUCUGCAUUUCUAAUUAUCCGCCGCAGCAGUUUUGCGUCUAAGCAUCACAUAACAAAGGCCUUUGUUUGAUUUGAAAAAAAAAUUUCUAGCUUAACGAAAAUCACCUCAUCAUCCAUCAUCAGAUGUUUAGUUUCUUGUUGACAGAGUUAGUCUUUUAAUACUGCUGUCCUUGUUUGUAACAUUAGCAGAAAACCAUGCAUCAUCUCACAUUAGAGGCUACAUUAUUCGCUUUUUUUAAAGCGCUUGAAUGUAAUGUAUUUAUCCUCUUUUUCCUCUAUAUGAAACAUUGUCAUAGCUCAUUUGUCAUGUUUUCUCCUGGAAUUUGUUCUUUGAUGUUUUUUCUUUAAAUCCGAGCUUCAAUAUGUCAUCAUUUGGGUUUCUUGCUGAGGUGUGACUGCAGUCUUUAAAUGAAUUGUAUCACCUUUAUGACAGUAAUUGCUAUCCAGAUUACUGUUUCUCACAGAUUGCAUCAGAGAAAAUUGACACCUGCACAUUAUGAUGUAAUGCUGCGCUUGCUGUCAGGGUUAAAAGCACGCUUUGCAACAGAUGGAGCCGUUUCUUGCUUAGGGCAGGAUGAUGAACUUCUUGCAUUAUUUUUCCACCUGAGGACUUCUGAUAAUUUUUUUUCAUAAACUAUACUAAGGUAAAAAAUGCUUCUGUUAAGUUAUAGUUGGCUUUGCAUUAGCUACUUUUUGAAUAUUUCUUUUUCCAUUAGUUUGAAAAUGUGCCUGGCCUUCUCUGAACUCCAUUUCAUUCUGUAUAAUAUAUUUCUGAUGCAGGUUUCAUUUUAUUUCUUUUUUUUCCCUUACCAUUCUGGGCCUUUGUAAACAACUGUGAAAGAUUGAUUGUCUGCUGAGUAGAAAACCUUACAUUUAGUAAAUUUUGUCUCUUUUACUGUAAAAUGUCUUUUUUUGUAGCUACAUUUCUAGAUUGUUUUUUAAUGUCUGUGAUCCUGCAAAGUCGUUCACAUAUGGUUUGACUAGGAGGCGAGAGCUGUAAGGGAACAGAAUUCACGUUUCUAUCAAUGAUUAAACGUUAUGUGAAUGAUUAUAAAUGGAAACACUCUGCCAUUUUUAUAUAUGCUGAGAAAACUGACAUAUUUGAAGUAUUUGCAUUCUUGAGCUUUUGGUACAUUAUCAGUUGUCAGUGAUGCUGUAUAAUCAAAUGCACAGUUAGGUAUUUUACUGUUACAAUAUUAAUAAUUUAAAACAAGACUGUCACUGGGUUCCCAAAACUCAUUUCAGCAUGAGAAAAUACACUGUAAAAUGUAAAAGCUGUAAACAUGUCCAUGUGUCUGAAAUAAAAUGUUGGAUUAUAAUAA